AUGUCCUCCAAUGUCGGCACCCAACUCGACGAUAUUGCAAAGUACAUUGACCGACUGAAAGAGCAGAAGCGGACGACCGAGAAGUGCAUAUCAGACCUCGAGAAGGAUCGUUCCACACUCGAAGAAAGGAUUGAAGAAAUGAGAAGAAGGAAAGAUGAGUUGGAUGACAGACUACGAGUAGAACACGAACGGCUGCAACGACAGGAAAGGACUAUUCAUCAGGGAGAAGUCACAUACGCAAAAUUGCUGGAAUCAUCUCAAAGUCUUGUCGAUUUCAUGAGGAAGGAGUAUCAGGACACUCGCCGCCAGUAG